GAAAUUUCCGCAACUGUCAUUCUUGAAGACCUUGGUGUCAAAACUUUGGUUUCUUUCGUUUAUUUUGGCUGUGAAGUAAAAAGGUUAUUAUUAUUUUAUUAUUCUUCUCGAAAACCACUAAUUUGCGUUUUUAUAGCAAUAGCAGAUGGAGCCGAUGACAUUAGGUUCUCCUGUGGGAAGUCCUGCACAAUCACCAAUUACUCCUGGUGCUCAAUCCUCCUAUUUACCUGGAUUUCUUCUCGGCGACAAUAAUAUGCACAGCAGAGUAGGCGUAGCGAGUCCGGAUACAUCACGAUUCGUUCCCUCGCCCGGAAUUCACUCACCAUCCUCGAGUUUAAAUUACGGCUCGCCUGACUAUCGGACAAAUCGCCAAAAAGCAAUGUUCGGCACGCCAACGAGUCCCUCAAAUGUCCCUCAAAUUAAUUCGGAAAAUCAAGUUGGCGGACCACCGACACGCGGUCUCUUCGAUUCAUUAGAAACAUCACAAUUAAUCUCCUCCCAUACAUCGUCACUAAAUCAAAGUCACAUGAAAAAUCAAUCACGAAUUCUCUCGGGAAAUAUGAAUACAACAUUAAUUGAUUCACCGACAAGUCCCGUGAAUAAUAAUAGUGAAUCAUCGCAAGGCCUCCUUCAAUGGGUCACUGUCUUUGGCUUUCCUCCAAGUGCACUUAACGCCGUUCUCGCUCAUAUUUCCAGUCGAGUGCGUAUCAUUGACAAACAUCAAGCGCCACAUCCGCAGAGCAAUUGGAUCCAUUUGAAAUGCACCUCGGAACAAGAAACGCAACGCGCUUUAUCCUGCAAUGGAAAUAUUAUCUCCGGAUCAAUUAUGAUUGGUGUGAUACCAUGCACUGACGAGGGUGUAAUUUUAGGCUCGGACAAAGAGAAUCGCUUUAAAUUAAAUAACAGUAUGCGAUUAUUCACGUCGCCUGUGAAAGCCGGUGGUCAGGGCUUGGCGAAUACUCCAAUGAAAACACCAGUGAGAAUUCAAAAUGCAAGACCUUUAGUGACUGGUUACAAUCAGAGUUUAAGUCCUCAAUCUGUGAGACAACCAGAAAAUAUACCACACAAAACCACUGGUUUGGUGUCAAAAGCCAUGGAAUAUGUAUUUGGAUGGUAAACACGAGAUUUUAGGUAUUUCAUUUUAAUUUGACUCCCUUUUCAAACAAAAAAAUUUUUUUGAAUCUUUUUCAUCACGAAGAAGCGAAAGAGAAAUUAAAUCAUUUGGAACUCUAAAUCAAGAGAAUAAAAUUUACAAUUAUUUUCUUCUUUUUUGAAGAUCAUCUCACAUCGAAAAUAUUCGUUUAGCACAAUUUUUCUAAGUAAUUUACCUCGUUUCUUAAUUAAAUUUACAAAAUUUCAAUUUUACACAAAUACGAUUUUUUAGUCUUCAAUUUUUAUUUAUUUCUUAGAAUUAGAAUUAUCCAUUGCUAAUUGAUAACUUUUUAGACUUAAGUUUUUCACGAAUGAAAUGUUGAAAUACAGGAAAAGAAAGUUUCGAACCGACCAAAGAAUAUUUUUUGACUAAUUUUCCACCAACUAAUUAAUCUGAAUUUAGUAUUUCGAGAGAAAGGAAAAUAAAAUGACUUCUAUUAAAAACAAUAUUAACUAAUUUUUCUCUAUAAAAAUUAAAAAAUGGCGAAACAAAAAUUUAUUCAAAAAAUUAAGAGUUAAUAUUUACAGAAAAUAAUAAUUUAGAUAAAUA